UCCACAUGCGCAUUUAUAAUAAUAAUAAUAUUAAUAAUAAUAACAAUAAUAAUAAUAAUUACGGGGGACGCUGCGGAGGGGGAGGUGCCACCCGCGGGCACCGGGGGGGACGCGGCGGUGGCCUCGUGCCCCGGCCCCAGCCCUGAUUGUCGCGGCACGUCCCAUCGCCACGGCCCCACAGCGCGGCCCCAGGCCACCUCUCCAUGUCAUCCUCCAGAGCCAUGUCCCCAUGUCACAUCCUGGUGCCAUCCCUGCGGUGUUCCCAUCGCAUCCUGCUGCCAUCCCCACGUUGUCCCCAUGUCACAUCCUGGUGCCAUCCCUGCGGUGUUCCCAUCGCAUCCUGCUGCCAUCCCCACGUUGUCCCCAUGUCACAUCCUGGUGCCAUCCCUGCGGUGUUCCCAUCGCAUCCUGCUGCCAUCCCCACGUUGUCCCCACCACAUCCUGCUGCCAUCCCCACGUUGUCCCCAUGUCACAUCCCGGUGCCAUCCCCACGUUGUCCCCAUGUCACAUCCUGGUGCCAUCCCCACGUUGUCCCCAUGUCACAUCCUGGUGCCAUCCCUGCGGUGUUCCCAUCACAUCUGGGUGCCAUUUCCACGUUGUCCCCAUGUCACGUCCCUGUGCUGUCCCCGUGUCGCAUCCUGGUGCCAUCCCUGUGGUGUUCCCAUCACAUCCGGGUGCCAUUUCCACGUUGUCCCCAUGUCACAUCCCUGUGCUGUCCCCGUGCCGCAUCCUGGUGCCAUCCCCACGUUGUCCCAGUGUCGCAUCCUGGUGCCAUCCCCGUGCUGUCCCCGUGCCACAUCCUGGUGCCAUCUCCGUGCCAUUCCUCGGCCUUGUCCCCACAUUGUCCCUCCGUGUCACAUCCCCACGCUGGCUCUCCACGCUGUCCCUUGUCCCAGGUCUCCGUGCCAUGUCCCUGUGCCGUGUCCUCGGGCCAUCUCCAUGCCACGCGCCAGCGUCACACCUCCGUGCCACAUCCCUGUCCCUCCGUGCCACGUCCCUGUGCCACCGUGCUGUCCCCGUGCUGGCCCUUCGUGCCACAUCCCCCCCACGUCCCCAUCCCUCUUCCUCUGCUCCGUCACCUCCUUCUGCCACAUCCCUGCGCCACAUCCCCAGCCCUGUCCCCGUGUCACAUCCACGUGCCAUGUCCACGUCCCAUGUCCCUGUGUCACAUCCAUGUGCCCCAUCCACGUCCCAUGUCCCUGUGUCACAUCCAUGUGCCAUGUCCACGUCCCAUGUCCCCGUGUCACAUCCAUGUGCCCCAUCCACGUCCCAUGUCCCCGUGUCACAUCUGCACGUCACAUCCCAGCGUGCCCCAUCCUCGUGUCAUGUCCUGAUGCCACAUCCCCGGGACCCACGGCCACAUCCUGGCCCCAUCCCUGUCCCCACACAGGGACCCUGCCACAGGGACAGUGGCAGCCCUGGGGAAACUGAGGCACCGGCCAUGUCGGGGGUACACAGAGGGGACACGGGUGUCCCCCUGCCCCAGCAUCAUCAGAGGGGU